AUGUCUGCUCAACAAAACAUCGCCGCGUCUUCCCCGUCGACGGAACAGAAUCUCGAUUCGUCUGGUGACCUACGCCAGUUUGCUUGUCCAUCUCGGGCAAAGGCAGGCUGUCAAGGAUGCAAUGGAGUUUCCCCCUCGCGAAACUCCGCCGUUUCAAUCUCUGCAGAAACCGAUUCUUUCUCGUCCGAGUCCAGAGAUCACCAGGCAGCCUCUUCUUCAUGUGGCUUAUCUACGGAGACUGCAACUGCCGACGGCUCUGCAAACAGUCCCCCAUCCCCUAGAAAUCGCAGUGGACUCUGUCCUCCUCUUUCUCUUCCGUCGACGCACUGCCAGAGCGGCACUGAACUGGAGAAGGCGCAUUCCAAUGAUGCGUGUCAAGACCACUCUGUCAGAGACGGUUACGCCUUACAUUGCAGCGGGCACUCAGCGGCAGAGUAUGACGGUUCAGAGGCGUCUCCGGCGAAGGCAAGAAGCGACGAGUGGAGCCGUGACAUGGGAGACUCUGCGGACGCAGAAGUGGAGUCGUGGGGAGCGAGCUUGGGCCUCCCGGCGUCUCUCCAGCAGGUUGCAGCGACAGACAGUCCUCGAACAUCUGCGAGCUGCGAGGCGUCGGAAACCAGUGAAGCAUGGCGCCGGUCGAAAUCCCAAAGACACAGAUGGGGUCCUUCUCUGGGCGUGUGCCUCUUUGGACUCACUUGCCUCGCUGGAACUUUUUACGGAAGUCUGACAUGUUACCUGGCCUCCUACCUGCGCCAGGUGGGAUUGCAGAACGUGGCAGUUCGAGAGAUGCUGCUCGUCUGUGCUCUCCAAGGCGCGCUGCAGGCCCUGGCGACGCCUUUGUCGGUCAAGUUGCUUUCCUUUCUCUCGCUGCCUCUCGCGGCCCUUCUCUCUGGCUGGCUGGUCACCGGCUCUCUGUUGCUCUCCGCUUUUCUCCUUUCUGCUGAUGUCCUAACUGCGCACCCUUUCCUGUUCUACUGCGUCUACGCCGGCGUGGGCGGCCUCGGCGCUGGCCUCAUGCACGGCGUUUCCCUUGGUGGUCGGCAGCGGCCAACCUUAUACGCUGGAGAACGGAAAACCGGGUGCAGCAUGUCCGGUCUCUUCUUUGGUUUCCGCUGCUUGUCCAUGGCGCUCCUGCCUAUCGUCCAUUCCCUCUUCCUCAAUCCCGACAACUUGAGCCCCGCUAGCGUCUCUCCGACGGGGACUCACACACAGGGGGGCUUCGGAAGGCACGUGCAUUCGCGGUGGCAGAACCCCGCACCGCAGCAAAUCCUGGGGGAAGGUUCGUGGCGACAGCGAGAGCGAUUUUAUCUUCAGGACGAAAUUCUGGCGCGGUUACCUCUUCUACUCAUGGGCACAGCUGCUGCGUUCGCCGUCGUCCAGUUGGUGGCUUCCUUGCUUUUGCAACAACGCGAACGGAACUGGGAAUCUGAAUGCCUUCCUGGAGAGUUCAUCGGGUGCGAGGUUACCGUCGAGGAACAGUCGCCUCUUGUGACCCGCGGUGUCCCGCAGACAUUCUACGGAGAGGAAAUUAAUCGACCAGAUGAUCGGCUGGCUCUGUCUGGACCUGUCCAGGCGGCAGGACAGACAUCCAGACUUAAUGUUGUAGUUUCAACGAUGAAUCCUGCCGGAACUGGCGUUUACUUUGACCAGGACGUCAUACCAAGUCCCCGCGAUGACAGUUUGUUCACUUGUGUGAUCGUUGCAAUGAUAACUGCGAUCCAAGGAAUGGCGUUUUUCCUAGUGCAAGCUUCCUGGCGGUUUGUUGGCCAAGAAGAUUUCCAAAUUUCUGACCACGGCGUCUCCUACAUAAAUGCGGGCUCAGUGGCUGUCAUCCUCCUCUUCUCUGCCGUCAACUCUCCUUUCUUUGCUCUGAAAGAAGACGCUUCCGCCACUGGACCUUGCCACAGAGACGGCAAUAAGCGGUCCUCCAACAGAAUGAGAGGCCAGGCGCCCAGCACGCUGCCGUGGUUGUGUUGCUUGUCCGGUCUAUUGCUCGCCAGCGAGGGGUUUGUUGCAACACUCACAAAAACUCUAUCCGCUGGAAGCCCCGAGUCACUUAUCCGAAACAGUGUCCACAUUGGACGGUGGUUUGAGGGUAGUCCUCUGACGACACACGCGCUUUUCUUUGCGUGGCUCUCUGUGGUGCGAAUAUUGGAUGCCUGGACAGCCUGGCUACUCUUCCCGUAUGCACAAACCGUCCUGAGUCUUCGUCCGUCGAGGCUGCUGGUACUUCUUUGCUCCGCGAAGGCAGCAGGAGCAGGAGCUCUUGCAUGGAUCACAUUCUUUCCGGGUUUCUACUCACUCCACGGAAUUGGUGACCUAUAUGGCGUGGUGGGAGUCUCCCUGGUCAUUGCCGGCUUGGUUAGACGUCUUGAAUAUGGGUGA